AUGGAGGGGGAGUGGAGUGUCAGGACCCUCUGCACCCACGGACACGCGGCGCCGGGCCCCGCUCCGGGCCGGGCCGGCAGGGCAGGGGCGGCGGCUCGGGCCGGGCCGGGCCGGGCCGGGCCGGGCGGGGGGGGGCCGCGGGCUCGUUCCCGGUUCGUGUGUCCCGUGUGUCCCGUCCCGUCCCGUCCCCCAAAUCCUCCGGGGCUCCCGGUUGCGGCGGGCCCGGCGGGCGGGGGGUGGUGUCCGAGCCGGAGCCCGGCGGGGCCCCCCCGGUGCUUCCCGGCCGCCGCCCGCGGGCGGCCCCGUGCCUCGCUCCCCGCCCCGGGCCCCGCGGGGCUCCUCCUGCCGGGCGGUGCGGGCCGGGGCCGGGGCCGGGGGGAGGCGGUGGUGCCCCGGCACGCUGCGAGGCCCCGGGCCCGGCCUCCGUCCCCGCCGGGGCUGGGGUGCGGCUCCCCGGGGCCGGCUCCUUCCUCCCUCCGGGCCUCUCCAGCCGGCGGCGACCCGGUACCCCCCCAGCGGGGGGGGGACACCCACCGCCAGGAGCCCCCGGUGCGGGGGCCUGCCCGGGAUCCGGUGCCCAGCGAUGCUCCCGGCCCCGUUUUUUCCUCCGUAACCCAAAACUUUCAGGAUUUUCUCACUUUCCAGCAGGAUCGCUCCCAAAAUCACCUCGGGGCGGGGGGGGGGACACCCGGCCGACGGUACCGGUCCCGUUCCCCCCCCCCCAGCCCGGUGGCACCCGGUUCCGGCUCCUCUCCCUCCCCGGGACAUCGCCUGGGCCCCCGCGUCCCCAUUUCCCCGGGGGAGAAGAUGCCGCCAGCCCUGACCGGGGCCUCACCCCGAGUCCUCCCACGCUCCAGCUGCCUGCCCUGCCCGUUCUGCCUGCCCUGCCCGUUACCUGCCCGUGUCCCGUUUGCGGCACAGCCGUGCUGUCACGUCCCGGUUAAAACGGGAACGUGGUUCUCCCCGGCUCGUCCCUCCCUACAGCCCUGCUCCGCUGUGGGGCUUUGCCUCCCAGGGCACGGGGACCCCCCCGACGCCCCGCACGGCCCCACAGAGCCCGGGCUCGGGGGGGGGAAACCGCUUCGUGUCCGAUGCCGGCGUGGAAGGGAAGAGCCGGGAUGUGCCGAGGGGGGUGGCUUCCCCACGCCGCGGCAGUGACGGUGACAGUCCUGGGCCUCCUCUCCCUCCCCGUGCCCGUCGGGAGCCGCGAGGCACCUUUUUAAGGCACAAAGGUGUUCAUUGUGCCACCGGCAAAUCCCUAAUCCUGCGCCGCACAGCCGCCUGGGUCCGGCUGCCCGGCUGAGGGGCGGCGGUGGGCUCUGUGCCUCAGUUUCCCCCCCCACCGGUGUUGGGCGACGUGCCCAGGAUCAACCCCGGGGUGCGGACGGAGCGCUCGGGGGAGAAACCAUGGCAGGGGGCUUUCCCCCUCCUCUUCAUCCCGCCGCCAUCCCGGGAUU